GGGUGUGUGUGUGUGUGUGUGUGUGUGUGUGUGUGUGUGUGUGUGUGUGUGUGUAUUGUAUGUGUGCAUCAGGAGAGGAGGUGCUGCAGCUGCACGGGAACUAUGACAACUUGCUCUGCAGAAGCCAGAGGUUUCGCCUGCAACAGCCACUCCAAGUCGUGAUGUCAGCAAAUAAUAUUCUGUUUGGAGGAUGAACCUUAUUCUUAUGGCAGUAAAGUUCUCUAUUGGAAAGGACGGAAGUCAGUCACAUGCGCACUGAGGAGCUGCGAGAUGCAGAUCGUGGGAAUCGGCUGUAAUUCAAGUGCACAUUGGAAUUAGUGGGUCGCUUCUUUUCAAUUUUUGGAAAAGGACAGAAUGUGAGCGGCAAUGAAGACAAGUCCACUGGUGUCCUGUUCCAGCUUUAGCACGCAGUGACUAUGAAUGAAGAAUGACCAAUGCCUCUUCUUUGCAUCAGUCUACUUGCUCUUCUUUUUCUACCUCCUUCUCUGUCCUGCAACAGCAGCAAAGCAAACGUGCUUAGAGAGAACUUCAGAGCAGUUGGGAAAACACUUUUGGACAACGCAAAAAAAGAUAUCAACGCUUCGUUGUCAGACUUCUCCUGCCUAUCCCUGAAAAAAAAGCUACCAGGCUGCACAGCAAACCCAAAUGAAGCAAACAGUGUGAACACCUUGCUCAUACUUGCCUGCAAAAUUCAGAAUUUAGACCUUCCUCAGACGAACCUGCUGGCAAAAACCAUCCAAGGGUCAAUCGACUGCCCAUGUCCUACUAAGAGCCCGACAACAUAUUACAAACCAAGGGAAGAAGAAAAGGACAAGACGGAUGAGCGGGAGAAAAAUGAAUAGAAAACGCUGCAGGGCCAUGGCAAUCCUACAGAAUAUGACACAGUGCUAUGAGAUACUCAACAGUUUGUCAAUGGAUACCUGAAACUGAGCUCAAGCAUGGCAUGAAGGAGAAGGGAAAGGAAAAAAAAACACAACUCCGUGCUUCAGUACAGUGCAGGCCUUGCUUGGAUUACGCAAGAAAGAAGCUUUGGUUUCGUUUAAGCUUUCCCGUCAAGUACCUGCAUAUCUUUCCUGCAGCUGUUUUAGGUGUUAUGUGACCCUACUGACAAGCUUCCAAGCUGGACAAUAAGAAGCAAUAAAGCCAAAUGGAAGAGAAAUGACUUUUGCACUCCUUGCUAUGGAUCGGACGUGCACUCUUGAGUGCUACCAUGAAAAAGCCUCAAGGACAACAUCUGCAGAGGGUGGAUGAUAUAAAAAAACAUUGAGAUGGUAGUUUAUUUGAAUGCAUAUUUUUGAAAGCUAAAAUAUAUAUAUACCAGUACUUUUUUUUAUAAAGAAAUGUCGUGAAUAUGCUGUUGUUUGCAUGCACUUAGACCUAAAACUAUGAAGGUGCUCAAAUGCAAUUUAGAUACAAAUGAUUGACUAACCCUCACUUACUUCAGUUAUCAUGGCUAUCUAAAAUCAGAUAUUUUAAACCAUGUAUCAAGCUUACGGUGCUUCCUUCCGUGUCACUCUUGUGUGUGAUUGAUAUGUUAAAAGUUCAUUCUGCCACAGAUGGCUGAGUCUGCAGAACAGACCUUAUUGUGCAUAUGCAAGACAUCCGAGCUCAUCCUGUCACAUUUUUUUGAUGCUGAUUAAUGGGAUUCUUUGUAGGAGCAUGGGAAAACAAAAAGGCAUCAAGGAAGUAUUUUAUUCUGAAGGUCAGAUUUUUGUUCACUAGAAAUGCAACUUCAUUCCUGCAAACCCCUUCAAGCGCUGUGGUUAUUUUCUACUUCUGUCGCACGUUAUUAUCCCGCUAAUUAAAAUACGAGAAUUAAGAGGAUAGUAAUGUUUAUAACACUGCAUGUAUUUAUAAAAACCUGAGAAAUUAAUGCUGUGCAGAGUUAAGUUAAUUCUACGACACAGGUUUCUUCACAGAAGUUUAUUGGUGAUGGAUAUGGAUAUCAUUAAGUGCAUGACGGCUGUUGUGAUCUGAAAAGGGAAAACAUCAGUCCAGUCUGUUCAAACGAAUACACUUUCUUUUUCAGAUUGUCAUUUAAAAAAAACAAAAACAAAAAACGUAUUCAAAUCUCGGCCAACGUUCGGACGACUUCAAGAUUUAUGACGUUCCCUCAGGAGAGAAUUUUCAUAGUCAACCCUCUUUAAGAACCCUUACAUGGAUUAAGCAGAGACUUCAACCAAAACCAGAUUGGGAGUGUUGCCCUGCUUUCAGACUCCUACAAACAGUAAUGCAUUAAGCUCAGACUUCAUCGAUUAUUAUUUCAAGAAAAGCGUGU